AUGAGUAAAAGAGAUAAGGAGCCCAGGAGGUUUACGUCCUGCAGUGCUAAACGACAUGCUGCAAAGUUGAAGAAGUCACGUGAUGAGUACAUCAAGCCAAUUAGUUAUGCAGAUGAUGACAGGUUUGAGUUUGAUCCAGAAGAAUGCAGUCUAGCUCAUGGGAAAUGGGUGUUCAAUCAAUCAGUUAAGCCUCUGUACUCAGACAAGACAUGCCCGUAUGUGGACAGACAAUUCUCCUGUGUUCAGAAUGGACGCCUCGAUUCUGAUUACCGUCAUUGGCAAUGGCAGCCUGAUGAUUGUAUGUUGCCUAGGUUUGAUCCUCAAAUUGCGCUGAAAAAACUUCAAGGAAAGAGGCUAAUGUUUGUAGGGGAUUCAAUUCAAAGAGGACAAUGGGAAUCCUUUGUUUGCCUAGUAGAAUCCGUAAUACCCCAACACCAGCAAUCCAUGAAACGAGGCCGUAUGCAUUCAGUCUUCAAAGCUAAGGAAUACAAUGCCACAAUUGAGUUCUAUUGGGCUCCAUUUCUAGUAGAGUCCAACUCAGAUGUUCAAAAAAUAGCAGAUCCAAAAAAGAGAAUUCUAAAAGUAAUCUGGAUCUUUUGA